GCCUUAUAAAUAGUCGCCUUUGCGGGCGGCGGGCGAGGACGGGCAGGGCACCACUGGCCCCGGCGCCCGCCGCACCCCUCCCCCAGUGCGCUGACUCGGCUCCCCGGACCUCAGCAGGAUGGAAGAGAAGCUGAAGAAAGCCAAGAUCAUCUUUGUGGUGGGAGGGCCCGGCUCAGGGAAGGGCACCCAGUGUGAGAAGAUUGUCCAGAAGUACGGCUACACCCACCUCUCCACCGGGGACCUCCUGCGGGCCGAGGUCAGCUCGGGCUCGGCCAGGGGCAAGAUGCUGUCGGAAAUCAUGGAGAAGGGGCAGCUGGUGCCACUGGAGACAGUGUUGGACAUGCUCCGAGAUGCCAUGGUGGCCAAGGUAGAUACUUCCAAAGGCUUCCUGAUUGAUGGCUACCCUCGGGAGGUACAGCAGGGAGAGGAGUUUGAGCGGAGGAUCGGACAGCCCACACUGCUGCUGUAUGUGGACGCAGGCCCGGAGACCAUGACCCAGCGGCUCCUGAAGCGCGGGGAGACCAGCGGGCGAGUGGAUGACAAUGAGGAGACCAUCAAGAAGCGGUUGGAGACCUAUUACAAAGCCACGGAACCUGUCAUCACCUUUUAUGAGAAACGGGGCAUCGUACGCAAGGUCAAUGCCGAAGGCUCGGUGGACAGUGUCUUCUCCCAAGUCUGCACCCACCUGGAUGCCCUCAAGUAGCAGCACGGAGCCCUUCCCCAACCGAGCCCCGCCCCACCCCUGUCCUGCCUGAGGCUGUCCUGGCCUGCGCUCAGCGCCUCCACCCUGCCCGGCUGGAGCACAGACAGAGGAAGCCACUUUAUCCUGUUUUCAUGGACAGCCAAGCACUAAAGGCAUUUCCAAGGACA